UCAUUCACGGUUCACUUUGUUCCCUAACAGAUUUUGAAAAAAUGGCUUGUGCAGCCGACAGCUGCAUCCAAUUCACGCGUCAUGCAAGUGAUGUUCUGCUCAACCUGAACCGACUGCGUAGCAGAGAUAUCUUUACAGAUGUCAUGAUUCUGGUCAACAGACAACAGUUUCGAGCACACAAAACAGUCCUUAUGGCAUGCAGCUCAACCGCUUGCCAUGCCGGCUCAUACUCCUCGAGAGAGCUGGGAAGAGAUGAGGAAAUGAAGCGGGAGACCUUGGAGGGAGUGGUCCAUUCGAUUGGGAUGAGCUCCAGAAAGCACAGCUUCACCAGCCUGGCCCAGGAGCAGCAGAGGGAGACUGGGAAAGAGCAAAGUUCCCUGGCAGAGGAACAUUUGAGCCACCAACACUACUCCAUGGGUAUAUCCUCUAAUGGACGCAAAACCUUGAUGAGCAGCCCUCAGAGCCCCCUCAAAUCAGACUGCCAGCCUAAUUCCCCAACAGAAUCGAGCAGCAGCAAAAAUGCUGCCCUCACGCAGGCCUCGCAACCUCCAACCUCUCAAGGUACUCAAGACCCUAAAGCUCGUAACUGGAAGAAAUACAAAUUCAUUGUUCUCAAUCAGAGCUCCAAGGAGGAGGAGACCAGUCCUCGUGACCCUGGAAUGCACUCCCCGCAGAGGCCGGGCUUGUCUGCUUUUCUUCACCAUGUCGAUUCUGAACAUCCCGACUCUAAGGCGACAACAAAGAUCAGCGAGCAAGGCGAGGAUUUCACUGUGCCUCAGGCCAGUCGCCUCAACAACAUCAUCAACAGCAGAACUCUAGAGGGAUCGCAGAGGAACAGCGACAGCCACUCUUCGCGCUAUACGAGCCAUUUAAAAUGCUCGUCCUGUGGCUCCCAGUCUCCACAGCACUCUGACGUCUGUCCCAACACAUCCGCCUCGCGUCUGGCCGAGGAAAUGUCUGAGAUGCACUCAGAGUACUCUGAUUCCAGCUGUGGUGAGAUACACUUCUAA